GUGUAAACUCCUAUUAACAAACCAGUACUAAUUUUAGGAAUCUGAAUUGCAAUUGCUAGCCAAUAUGUUGCUGUAGCCUGAAGAACAACAAAACCGGAUUGAGUUAAUGUGCCUACACAUAAAAGGCAAUAUCCUUUUGAGACUUGAAGGCAUUGAACCAUUAAAACCACAACAACUGGUAUCAAAGCAACUGUGCAUACAAGGUGUUUGUUGAAAUUCCCAAGUAAGAUUUGGGUUUUUUUUUUUUUCAUUCCAACAACCAUGGCGGAUGAAAAAGAUGGUUCAACCAUGAUUAAGUUGAACACUUCUAACUGCUCUUUGUGGAAGACUUUGAUGGAGGACAAGCUGUUUUGUAAAGACCUCUGUGACUCAAUUGAGCACGAAGGCAUCAAACCUACAGAAAUUAGUGAUGCUGAUUGGAAAAAGAUUGAUCGCAAAGCUUGUGGCGUAAUCCGUAAAUGGGUUGACAUGAGUGUGAUUCAUCAUGUGGCUCAAGAAAAGGAGUCCUAUAAAUUGUGGACUAAGCUUGAAGAGAUGUUUGAAAGAAAGAAUGCCUUGAAGAAAGCAUCACUCAUAAGAAAAAUAGUCAAUCUCAAGUUCAAAGAGGGCAAGAAUGUGUCUAAGCACUUGAAUAAUUUUCAAGAAAUUUUGAAUGAAUUAGAUACAAUGAAGUUGGCCAUUGAUGAUGAGUUGGUUAAGAAUAGCAUCUUGAGUGAGGAAUCCAGAAGAAAAGAGCAAGGAAUUAUGAGUUCUGAGUUUAAAGCACUAGUUACUAAGUAUAGAGGAAGGAGUCAUUAUCAAAAGGAUUGUUGGCACAACAAAGAUAAAAAUGUUAGGAAGAGGGCUGAUACUCAUGAAGGGAAGGAGGCUAAGGAGAACACUACUGUAAUCACUUCUGAUGGUGAGUUAUACCUGUUGUGUGAGAAUGAUAGCAUUGAUGUUGCUCAUUAUGAUUCUACAUGGGUUAUUGAUACUAUUGCUUCUUAUCAUGUCACACCAAAUAGAGACUGGUUUAGCUCAUAUAAAGAAGGUGAUUUUGGGUAUUUGAAGAUGGGAAAUAGAUCUGAAGCCAAGAUUGUGGGUGUCAGUGAUGUUUGGCUUGAAACAAACAUCGGGUCUAAGCUGCACUUGAAAAAUGUGAGACAUGUUCCUGAAAUACGUCUCAAUUUGAUGUCUACGGGUAUGCUAGAUGAUGAUGGCUACCUUAAUUAUUUCGGUAAUGGCACUUGGAAACUCACAAAGGGCACUAUGGUUGUGGCAAGAGGCAAGAAGAGAUUUUCACUCUACGAAACUCAAGCAAAACAAUGUCAGGGACAGAUCACUGUUACAGAGGCUGAUGCUGCUAAGUUAUGGCACAAGAGACUUGGGCACUUGAGUGAGAAGGGACUUCAAAUCCUUAGCAAAAAGGAACUCCUACCCGGCUUUACAGGUAAACUUUCUGAAACCUCUGUUGAUUGUUUAGCUGGCAAGCAUCAUAGAGUUUCUUUUCACACUUUACCCCUGUCUAGAAGAAAAUAUGCACUUGAUUUGGUUCACACUGAUGGUGAGGUUUUGAAGACUGUAGUGUACUUGAUAAAUCAAUCCCCUUUUGUUGUUCUAAAUGGUGAUGUUUCGGAGAAGAUUUGGUCAGGCAAAGAAGUAUCCUACAAGCACUUGAGGGUAUUUGGCUACAAGGCAUAUGUGCAUGUUCCAAAAAAAGAGAAAGCAAAGCUUGAUGCAAAGACCAAACAGUGUGUGUUCUUGGGAUAUGGUGAUGAGGAGUAUGGCUAUAGAUUAUGGGACUUGAAAAAUAGAAAAUUAAUGAGAACCAAAGAUGUGGUGUUCAUUGAGAAUGAGACGGUUGAAGACUCAAAGAAGCAAGAUGAUAGUGAGCGCACUCAAGAAAUACCGAACAAUGAUUAUUGUACUUCUUCAACACCUAAACUGAGUGUUAUGAAUGAUGAUCACAGGGAAGUAGAUGAGCAGCAAGUUCAAGAGCCUGUUGUUGAACAUUUUGUUGAAGAAGAAACACACCAAGAAGAGCAAGUGCAACCACCACAACAACCUCAAGUUAGGAGGUCCACUAGACUUCAUCAACCAUCUCGGAAGUACUCUAUUGAUGAGUAUGUGCUCUUGACUAAUGGGGGAGAACUAGAAACUUAUUAUGAAGCUAUGGAGAGUGAAAACAAGAGGGAAUGGUUGAUGGCAAUGCAAGAAGAAAUGAGUUCUUUGCAAGAGAAUGGGACUUAUGAGCUAGUAGAGCUUCCAAAGGACAAAAGGGCUCUUAACAACAAGUGGGUUUUCAGAGUAAAGUUUGAAGUGAACAAUUCGAAUCCAAGGUUCAAAGCUAGAUUAAUGGUGAAGGGCUUUGGACAAGAAAAGGGCAUUGAUUAUGAGAUUUUCUCAUCGAUAGUAAAAAUGCCAUCUAUUUGAGCUGUUUCGGCUUUGGCAGCUAGUUUAAAUUUAGAAAUUGAACAACUUGAUGUUAAGACAGCUUUUCUCCAUAGUGAUCUUGAGGAGGAGAUCUAUAUGAAGCAACCUGAGGGUUUUGAGGUGCAAGGCAAGAAGAAUUUGGUUUGCAAAUUGAAGAAAAGCUUGUAUGGUCUCAAACAAGCUUCGAGGCAAUGGUACCAUAAGUUUGACUCUUCUAUGGGGGAGCAUAAAUUCACUAGAACAGA